ACAAUUUUCUGACAUUCUAUAGACUAAACGACUGAUCAAAAAAAAAAACUACAAUUAAUUGAUAAUGAAAAUGAUCGUUAGUAGCAGUCCUACAUCACAUCAUCCCCAUACUUUCAAUGACUUGAGUCUUGUCGUGUGACAGUGCACAAUGACCCGAUUGAUUCCUAUUUGAGAUUAUACUGAGGCUUUUAUAAACCACAAGUUUGCUCUUCCAAGCCAACACGGUUUGUAAUGUAAUUGUGUUAAUGUGUUAAAUGGUAUAAAUUAUGAAUAUAUAAUUCCCUACGUUUGACGUCAGGUUGUCAGCUAACACUUGGUACUUGGUAGACUUGGCUUGGCUUCCCAGGAGUAUUUUCCAGCUAUUUUCUAGUAAUAUUUGAAGGUGAGGCUUCCAGCUAUUCAACUAGCUCCAGCCUGUAUGCAAGGGGUGGGUGUACACAUGUCGUGUGACGUCACCGCAUCAUUCCCUGUACCCCGGGUCCUUCAUGUCUGCCUCAUCACACUGCCGCUCCUCACCUCCACACACACACACACACAUACACAUACGCAGCAGCUUCAGUAGUGAAACAAACCAACAGUAGCGAUUCAUUUGCGAUCCACUGUGAAACUAACUCUGGACUGUAAAUCACGGAGAUGAACGCCUACGCCACGAGGAGAAACUUAUGAGAAAGGUGAGAACUUCAUUGUUUGGAUGCGUUUCAACCGCUGUUAAGUCCACGCGGGUGCAGCUGGCGGCUCAUCCGGCGCGAGCUCAAAACGAAACUCCGUAAAGAAGAAGAAAUACUCGCGUGUUGAGUUUAACUGAGACUGAGAAACGGUAAUGUUGUCAGGGAGGUUUUUUUCCCCUAAUUAAAUUCCAACUUUGACAACUAUUUGACUUGUCUUGCACGUUGUGUGUGUUGUACACCACUGCGCGCUGUGUACCAAUUCAUAACACUAACUGUAAAACCUACUGAUGUCUUAAUGGCUCUAGUUAUGUUCUCGUAUUCUUUAAAGGAAAGAAACCUUACAUUUUGGCAGUUUUUCUCUCACAACGAAAAAAACGGCAUGCCAGUAAUUUUCUUAUUUGUCUAAUUUUCAGAUCUAUCAAGCAUUUUCCUAUCAAAACAACAACUGGCAGAAUAUCAGACUCAACAAAAACAACCAGCUGUCCACAGACCCGACACCUGACACAUUUAUCAAAGCUAUCCGCUGAGUUUGGGGGCAGACAACGACCAUAUUCACAAUUGUUAGGACCCUGGGAAUUACCAGAGUGGACACGUCGAGUGUUGGUCAGAGCAGUAGGUGAGUCAAUUAACUGGUCGUUACACACCCAGUCAAAAUAAGGUCACACACCCGCACACAAAGUCAUACAAGUGGAAGAGAUGUGUAAGAAUGUCGAGGCCUAUUUUUACUAGUUAGUAAACACGUACACAGGAGGUAUUCCACGUUUUUCUGAGUAAUGCAAGAGCUUUUUUUCUCAUUCAGCACAGCUGGCGAUUUUAUUAGAAAAUCCAUUGUGAAAAAGUGUGACCGCAGCUAUUGAACUUUCAGUUUGUCAGCUGAUAAUCUGUUAACUGAAGAGAUAGAAGAGGAACCACUCUGGGUUUCACAUCUUCAAAAGUCAUACUGGAACAGAGUUCAAGCACGGGAAUGAUUCAGUGUAUGUUUUUCUGAGAGGAAGAAAAUGUUGUUUUUAUUUGUGUAUCUAUGGGUUCAGUAAAGUUAGCCAAAAACUUUGGGGUUUGAUGUGAACAUGAAAUUAAAGUGGUGUGUAAAUGCAACAUUGUUAACAUUGAGUCAAAACAAAGUCUCCAAGUUAGAGAGACUAGUAGACAUCCUUUACCAAUGACGUUAGAUCUAUUGGACCAUUUAGUGGCAAAUAAAUGUUGCUGCCGAUUAGUUCUGCUUGAAAAUACUCGCACAUGCAGACUUCCCUGAAUCUCAGUCAGAAUCAAAUGAUCUCAGCAGCCAAGAUCUUGUGUGUGAUGACCAAACAGUCAACUGUAGUGAGGUUCAACAAAAGCAAUAGAGCAGCUCCAGGAAUGGUUUAGUUCUUUUAGUAGAUAUGAAUGGUUCUGACAUUAGUGGUUUGUUUUUUAUUGUAUUAGGCCACUUAAGUUGCAUUCAUGAUACAUUUUAGCCAUGCACUCUGCAAUUAUAGUAGUUUAAUUGCAUCUCUUUGUCCAAAAACUAUUGAUGUUAUUUUACUACUCAUUGACUGUACUGUAUGUUAAAUUGAAAAUAGGCUGUGACCGCAAGAUUGUUAUUAACCUUGGUUUUUAAAUUCUAUCCUGGUACGCAUUAAAAAUGCAAUUUUUCUGUUGAGAAAGUUAUAGUGUGAUCACUAAAUUCAGAAAGCAUUCAUGUCACCAGUGAUUUGUGUUCACUUUUUACACAGCACCGUACACUUGUUGAAGUGUCUCUCAUCUCACAGGUAUUUUUGCUUCCUUUCUGUUAAACCAGGAUGGCUGCAGACAACUACUUAAGGACACAUUUUUGACUCUUUUUUUUGGAAGCAGAGAGACAUAUUUUUAACUUAAAUCCAGACAGUUUUCAGCCGUGAUGCAGUUUGACAACGACACGUGCCACAGCAAGCACCACAUAGAAUCCCGAGAGAGCCCGGUGAUCAGCGCCAUCAUGUUCGCUGCAGGCAUCUUAGGCAAUGUGGCUGCCUUGGUGAUCCUGGAAAUCCGGCGACGUAGAGACAUGAGGGCUGGGGGCGCUAGGCGUCGUGCGAUGUUUCACAUCCUCAUCACAUCGCUGGUGGUCACGGACCUGGCUGGGACUUGCCUGGUCAGCCCGCUUGUGCAGCUGUCAUAUUCACUCAACACUACCUUGGUGGGGCUGUCGCCUGCAGCUGACGGGGUGUGUAAAUACUUUGGUGUCACCAUGACCUUCUUCAGCUUGGCCACCAUGUCUCUCCUUUUCACUAUGGCACUAGAGAGAUGCUUAGCAAUUGGGUACCCCUACCUGUACAGCCGGCAUGUCACCAAAAAAUGUGCCUACAUCACAAUCCCCAUAGUGUUUUUGUUAUGUACUUUAUUCUGUCUCCUGCCUUUUGUGGGAUUUGGUAAAUAUGUACAAUACUGCCCUGGCACAUGGUGCUUCAUUGACAUGAACCCUUUUGGGAAAGGGGACCGGGUCUACGCCAACCUGUAUGCCACCAUUAUGUUAUUGCUGGUGCUGGCCAUAGUGGUGUGCAACGGGUUUGUUGUGUACCACCUGUUCAAGAUGUACCAACGUCGGAGGAGGAACGGCGGCUCAGUGAUAGUGGCCACGAGAUCCAGCAACGACCGCAGGGCGAUUUCCAUGGCUGAGGAGGUGGAGCAUCUCAUCUUGCUGGUGAUCAUGACCAUCAUCUUCAUCGUCUGCACACUGCCCCUGGUGAUACGUGUGUACAUGAACUCCAUACAGAAUGAGUCUCACUCCCAGGACCUGGUCGCCCUCCGUUUCAUCUCCGUCAACUCCAUCAUCGACCCCUGGGUCUUCAUCUUCCUUUCCCCCAGCAUGCUGCACUUUUGCUGGGCCCCGGUCUGCCGAGCCCCCCCGGGAUUCUCCAGGGGUUCAGUGUUUAAAUCAUCGCUGGCCAAAGACAAUUGUCCUGCUAACAUAGAACUGUCUCGCUCAAAGCUGGAAUACACCGAGGAGCUUCAUGAUUUGAGGAAUGUAUGACCAUAGCAGUACUUAUUUUUAUUUGAUAUUUAUAUUUAUUGGAGUUGUUUAAGGACAUGGGGUUGGAUAGUGUGUUCUCCUUCUUUAUCAUAUGAAGGGCAGAGGUUUGGGGAACCACGAGAUCUCACCUGUGUGUGGUUUUUCUUAUCUAAUUUUUUGGGUGUUGACCCGUCUGUCAAACUGAUAAACGCUUACAACCGG